AGCCGAGCCUCGCGGGGCCGCCGCCAGCCCUGCCGGCCGCCUCCCCGAGCCUCCCGGGGGCGCCGCGUCUGCCCCCCGCGGCCCGCAGACAGCUCCGCAGGAACCGGCGGGCGCGCCGCGCUUCCCACCGCCGCCGCGCGCGCGCCUCCUGGACCCUGCUGGCCUCACCUGCAGUCUGUACUCAGUUCAAGGGCUCCAAAGGUCACGGGCACGAUGCUUCGGGUCCUGGUGGGGGCUGUCCUCCCUGCCAUGCUGCUGGCUGCUCCACCGCCCAUCAACAAGCUGGCACUGUUCCCGGAUAAGAGCGCCUGGUGCGAGGCCAAGAACAUCACCCAGAUCGUGGGCCACAGCGGCUGUGAGGCCAAGUCCAUCCAGAACAGGGCGUGUCUGGGACAGUGCUUCAGCUACAGCGUUCCCAAUACCUUCCCGCAGUCUACAGAGUCCCUGGUGCACUGCGACUCGUGCAUGCCGGCCCAGUCCAUGUGGGAGAUCGUGACCUUGGAGUGCCCUGGCCAUGAGGAGGUGCCCAGGGUGGACAAGCUGGUGGAAAAGAUCCUGCACUGCAGCUGCCAGGCAUGCGGCAAGGAGCCCAGUCACGAGGGGCUGAGCGUCUACGUGCAGGGCGAGGACGCGCAGGGCUCCCAGCCCGGCCUCCACUCCCACCCGCACCCUGGCGGGCAGACCCCCGAGCCCGAGGAUCCCCCUGGGGCCCCCCAUGCAGAGGAAGAGGGGGCUGAGGACUGAGGCCCCCGACUCUUCCUCCCCUCUCGUUCCCUGUGGAAUGUGGGGUCUCACCCUCCCGGGGAAGAGUUGGGGGAGAGGCUGAAGCCCCCCCUUUGGCACUGGAUGGACUUGGAUUCAGACUUGGACUUGGAAUGCUUCCCGGUUGCCACGGAGAUCUGAAGGGGGUGGGACUGGCGCCAAGCUGCACAAUUUAAUAUAUUCACGAGUUGGGGGGAAGAAGCAGAGGUCUUCAGGGUUCUUUUUCGGAGGGGGGUUCUCUUCUUUUCUGCCUCCUAGACAUGUGCCCUGGGGAGGGGGAAUAGUUGGCUAAGCUGCUGAGUUGGGGUGAGGCCGUCCAAGACGCGCCAAGGCCUGCACGGCCCCUCGGUGGGGCAGGGCUCUGGGGGUGCAGAUGGCGGCGCUGGGCCCUGAGCUGAGGUUGGGCGCCUUGCCCGUGGCAGCCCUGAGGCAGGGCUAGGAAGACCAGUGGCAGAACCAGGACGCUCCAGCCCCACCGUCUUCCCAAAGGCCUCGCACCCCCGUCCCCAGGGCAGCUUUCCCCGGUGGCCCUGCGGUGGCCCUCCCUCAGUGGCAUGGUUGGGAGUCAGGCCUGGGCAGGAGCCUGCUGCUUCAUGGCCCUGGAGCUGGGAGCCAGUGGGAGCCAGGCUCCCUGCCUUGGCUUUCCGGGGGGCCAGGGAGGAAGGCAGGGGAGGAGGAGCCUUUCUGGGCCAGGGGGAGGGGAUGAUGCCCUCGACCAGAGAGCAUCCUUCCCUCCUCGCCCUCUCCCAGAUCUUAGUGCCUCUCCCUGCCCCCUGGUUCUAGGCCCCUCAAAGCUGAUGGAGCCAGCCUCACCCUCUUGGGAAUGUCGGAUGCUGGGGAGGGGUCUCCCUUACCCAGAGGUUCCCACGAGGGACCUGGGUGGGAUGGAUUCUGGAUGAGCCUCAAGGAACGAGGAAGAGGAGGGGUGAGGGCGCGUGGGGCGGCUGUGUUCACUGUGGCUCUCCAGCUGCCUAGUCCCCUCCCCCCACUCCUCCCAGCCGCACUUUAGCCCUAGAGGGGGUGCGGGGCCCCGGGGGGGGGGGGGCUGGGCAGGCGGGCAGGGAAGAACGCCCCUCCGUACCCACAGCUGCCUGCGCCUGCUCGUCUGUCCCGGGGCUGCUGCCAGCCCCCCCAGCCCCCUGCCUGGGGGUGCCCCGGCCCUCACGGCUAUUUCGACAAGAGCUUCUGGAGCUUGUAACCAGUAGGAUGGACCCCGAGUUUUCUCAUGAAUAAAUUCGUUCAACA